GAAUUAUAGCAGAUCAGCUAGAAGGGCGGAUCGAUAUUUUAUGAUGGGAUUUUUCAAGAUAACAUGGAUGGUGGUAUUAUAUGCAAUGUUUAAUCUACCAGCUUCGAAGUGUACUUUAACAAGUACAACAGUGAAAUCGUAUCUUACAGAUUUGCAGAACUCCUACUCGAAAAACAUUUUCCCAAAGUACAGUAAUUACGAACAAGUUUCUGUGAUGAUGGGACUUCAAUUGAUUUCUAUCAAUGGAUUCGACGAGGUUUCUGGUAUUCUUGAACUUGUUGCCAAGUUGAAAAUAUCUUGGACUGAUGAAAAUUUACAAAGAUUAUACACUCCGACGUAUUCUUCCAUAACUGAAAUCUUGGUCCCACAAGACGAGGUAUGGCUGCCAACAAUUACUGUGUACAAUUCCGUAGAGUCGUUAAAGAUGGUAGGGGACUCCUCUUACCAUGUUCGAAUCCUUCCAGCGAUUGGCUGGAUUCAGUGGAUACCCGGAUUGAUAACGAAAACCAGUUGUUCCGUCGAUGCUACUUAUUUUCCGUUUGAUAAACAGACCUGUGAUAUAACCUUUACCAACUGGGGAUACAAGGAGUCAGAAGUUCAUCUUUAUUCAAGAGACGAAGUGAUCGACUUAAGUUUAUUUACACAAAAUGAGCAGUGGUCACUAGCAGGAUCCAAGAUAUCCAAUUUUUCAAAGGGAGACAAUUCUUUCAUUACUUUUUCAAUAACACUUGAACGACAGCCAACAUGGUUUGUUCUUAACAUGGUAUUACCCAUCAUUCUCAUCGGCCUGUUGACGGGUCUUGUCUUUCUAAUGCCAGUUGAUGAUGGAGAGAGGGUAGGAUAUAUCAUCACAGCAUUUCUUACUUUCGCCUUCUUCCUUGACAUGAUUUCCUCAAACUUACCGCACACUUCGAACCCAAUGGCACUAGUGGUAUAUUACCUCACAGUCAUGGUUUACCUGUCUUCUGCAUCUACCAUAGUUACCAUAAUGACACUAAGAAUCUAUGAAAAGUCAACUGAUGUUCCACGAUGGUUGAAAAUUCUUGUAGCUAUAAUUUUAGCAAGAUACUGUUGUCCGAAAAAACAGAUUUCUGAUGAGGAGAUGGCGGGCUGGGCUGCACCAGAGAAGAAAGAGCAGAGCAAAAGGCCUGAUGUGUUCGCCCCGACUGAUAACAUAACAUAUCGUUUGGUUGCACUGGCAUUAGAUAUUCUUUUCUUUGUUGUGUUUAUUUUAGUAAACAUGAUAUGCACUAUUGUUUUCUUAGCCCCCCUUUCAAGCAACGGUUCAUAACUGAAACUCGUGCUUGUUAUUGCUUCACCACAGAUUUGUUCAUCUUUACACAUAACAAUGUAACUCCGUAUCUGUAUUGCAUUUGUUAUAUUUAAAUGAGUGAUAAAUGUGCUUUUCUGUAGUAAGAUUUUUCUUCAUUUUACUCGGCGUCGUUUAAGUUUGGAGCUACAUUGUAAAGACUAAGUUUGGGUCGAGUCAAGCGAUUUUAGGUAUGUAGCUGAUAGGAACCAUUAUUUUUUAAACAUCCAAAAGUUUGAAAGCAGUAACAUGAAAUAAAAUAUUCGAAUACAUCUGUUUUUUUGUGUAUAUUUGAUUUAUCUAGAAUUUUAUUUAGUAUCUAUUUACUUUCUGUUUUUUUCGUUUGGAAAAUUAUUUUAAAUAUCGAGGUAGAAAUACAUGUAAUUCACAGAAAAAAUUUACGGACUGCCGAAAAGUUCGUGAUUUGAUUUAUUUCCAACAUCUUGCUUUUAGUAAGCAUACGCUUGAAUUUGCAUAAUAGCUAGAAUGCAUUAAAAUGUCGUGUACGGUGCAUCGUAGUUUUUUUUUCUCCAAUUUUUUCAAGAUCAAGAUAGAUAGAGAGAGAGAGAGAGAGAGAGAGAGAGAGAGAGAGAGAGAGUAGCAUCCUCAUUGAAAUAAUUCAUUUUGAUGAUGUUUGCUUUUCUCUUUAGGUUUAUUAAACAACAUGUAGUUUUGUUGGUAUAUUUGGAAUCGGGCAAUGCGGUUUUUUUUUUUUUUUUGUUUUUUUUUUUGGUGUUUUGUUGUUGUAGUUGUUUUUUUUUUUUUUUUUUUUUUUUAUUCUCGAUAUUCAAGUAGAAAAGGGAGAGAAUUAAAAAACAAAGAAUGCUCUGAACCAAACUUCAAAUUUUGGAUGCUGAAAAGCCCUAGUCUACUUGCUUUAUCUAAAAUUAAUUGAUUCAUAUAGUUUCUAUCUAAACUUACAAUUUCCCUGAUUUUUUUUAACGUCGUGUCAUCGAUUUAUUUACGUUCAUUUGUCUUUUAGACGUCAUCUAAACUGUGUAUGGAGGACGAACCAAAUCACAAUUGCGGUGUUUUUUUUUACUAUUUCGAAUGCCCCUUUUCAACACCUUCCGCAAAUUGUAUUUUGGUAUAUUUUUUAUAUGUUGUUAAGAAUAUAUUAUAGUACAACUUAAAGCAAUAAAACCUUUUGUAGCAAUUAGUUUGAGGUCAUCUUGUACAUUGACUAGACUACUGCAAGAAUACAGCGAUAUAAGGUCUCAACCGUACACUUUUUUUUCUGCGCCGUAAAUCGAAGGGUUUUUUUUUUUUUAUAAGGGGUGGAUCUGUAGCUCUCUGAUCUGUCCCAAUAUUUUUUCAGAGAGCUCUAAAGCAUGUUUGGUUUCUGUAAUCUAUUGAAUCUCAAAAUCAAAUAAUAUUCACAUUUGCUUCAUUUGCAUACCAUCAUGAUGGUACUUCGACACUUUAAAAAUCAAUUUAGCUUCUUCAAUGCAAAUUACCUUAUAAGGAUGGGCGGAUUUGGGAUUUUAAUUUAGAGGGGCGUGUGGAAAAUCAGAGAGACAAGGGUCUGUUGGUCGUCUUUAGGUCCCCAGUUCGCCUUGAGGGGGGGGAUCCAUUGUUAAACUGUAUUUUGAUAAUGAAAUCUGGUGUAAAACUGAAAGAAUUUUCAAGUACACAUACAAUCUAAUGGGAGAUAGGAUUGAGUUGUGUUCCCCUGUUUCCCGCUAGGCGGCGAUACUUGUUCCGAUGUAACAUUAAAUAGUGAUUUUAAAAUUUUCAACGUUGAAAAUUGACCCAGACUGUUAAUUAACUACCCUCCCAAACGUUAAAUUUUGACCCUUGUGAAAAAUUACCCUUAGAGAUAAUUUCUGGUGGGGUUAAAUUUCAACAUUAAAAAAGGACCCUCAAUGUACGAUGCAUUUUCUGUACAGUCCCCAGUGGUGGGUCAUAUUUAACAUUGAAAAUUACCCUAAAUAUAUAUACACAAUGUUUCUUUGCAAUCCAUAUCUCAAUCAGGUAGUAGGGGGUCAUAUCUCAGCAUUAAAAGAAUGCCGCAAAUAUACAAAAGGUUUUCCAUACAGUCCAUACUUAGGUCAAGUGGUGGUUGGGGGGAGGGGGUCACAUUUCAACAUUGAAAAAUGACCCCAAAUAUGCAAAAUAUUUCUCAAAUACAGUGUUUUUGACAUUUCGCUUGACCGACGACAUAAAAACGAAUUGACUAAUUUGGCAGAGGUAUAGCGCUUUUGCUGACUUCGGCCGACUCAGAAAUCUAAAGGGAAAGCACCGGUUUCCAAUGAUAGUCUGGCGUGUUAUUUUUAAAUAUAAGGCCAAAGAUUUUAAUGUUUCGUUAACCAAGAUAAAUAAUUGCUGCAGUUUAGCAUUACUGACAUUUAUAUGAGUCGUUCUUUAAUCAAUAAACCAUGUUCCUGUGGAAUGAUGAACAGUACAAUAUUUUCAUACCUGUGCAGUCAUAUCACACAACCCUUUUACAUAUGGCAUUACUUAGCUCACUGUCUUUUUCUGACAUGGCUGCAGCACCUUUGAUAUAUUUCACCAGUUUAUUUGCCUUUGGUUGAUAAUUCGAGUGUUUAGCUUUGCCUAAAUAUCAUAUGACAGUUGCUACAUGAGUUUUUAUAUUUACUUUUGAGAAGUCAAACUGUAUAACAGUUAUUUUCCUCCCUUGACCUAAUUUUACUUUCACAUUUUGUGCAUUUGUGCCCCUUUUCUUGUAGUAUUUGCUUAGCUUUUCGUCAGCCACAUUAUGGUUUGAAAAUUGUGCACACAGGAACAGGUUAGGGUAAACAAACGGAACUACAGUGAUCUCAGAAUAAAUUCCUUUUCUUUAAGAUGUAACUUGCAAAUAUUGGAAGUUAUGAUGAAAAUGACUAAUAUUUGUUAAAAUAUAUGUAUCACAUUUAUACCCCCCCCCCCC